AUUGCUGCAAAAUGGGGCUACCAGGUGCUCUUUACACCCCCGUACCAUCCCGAGUUGCAGCCCAUUGAACAAAUCUUGGCUGCAAUCAAGAAACCGAUCGCCAGAAGCCUGUGCAGCACAAUGGCCGAGCUGGAGCCGAAGAUCUACCAAGGCAUCAACGGCAUCACACCGAAAACCUGGGUGAAGAUGUACCGCCACAUUCAGAACGUGGAGGAGGAGUACCUGGUGGCGGCGGAGCCGGAGAAUGAG